AUGAUGUCACUUAGGGAUAGCAUCCUGAGCUUUAAGCGUCUGGAAGGAGAAUCUCUGCACGAAACCUGGCUAAGGUUUAAAAAGUUAGUGCUGCAAUGCCCAACCCACGGUUUUCCGGACAACGUUGUACUUCAAUACUUUUAUCGUAGUUUGGAUUCGGUAAACAAAGGUGUCGCUGACCAACUCUUGCCUGGAGGCUUAAUGCAGCAGCCAUAUGCAGUAGCAGCCCAACUUUUUGAUGGCAUGACAACCAUUAACAGAGCGUGGUACACUCGCAAGGACCAAGUCUCCCUAGUCAUCUUCAAGCUAUCCAAGGAGCAUAUUGAAAACGACAAUGAGAGAGACCAGAAGAUGGCCAAAAUCAUGACGCAGCUUGAUAUUUUAUCCAAAAAUUGCAUCCGGGAUAGUGCCCGUGGUGUCAACGUUGGGGGGGUCGGGUGUGCUAAUCGUGAGGAGAUGAAGUUUGAAGCCUUGUAUAACGAGGAGGUAAAAUUUCUAGACAACCAAGGCGGUGGCUGCCGCUCAAAUUAUCCAAGGCAGGGUGGUAAACAAGGUUGGGCUAGAGACGAAGGCUGGAAGGACCGAGAUCGUGAAUGGAGGGAUCGUAAUCCAAAUUGGAAAGAUAGGAAGAAGGAUAUAUAUGUUCUUCCCCAUGAGCGCCAUUCAGAAGGUGGUAGGUUUGUGGAUAUGCUCUCACGUAUCCUCAACAAAGUUGAAAGGUCAGACAAAAUGUUAAAAGGCAUGAAAGAUGAUGUAUCUACCCUUAGCCAGAUCAUCACCUUGCAUUCAGUUUCAAUCAAGCAGUUAGAAACCCAGAUGGGUCAUAUCUCAUCCUACCUAAAUCUGAGAUAG